AUGGCUGCGCACACACUCCUCGCCUUCUCAUCGCCUUCUCGCCUUCUCUUUUCUCCCAAUUCACUACUCUCUUCUUCUUCUUCCCGUCUCCGUUCCUCUUUCAGCGGCGUCUCUCUCAACCUUCACAGUCCCCAAUCGGUUUCCUUCUCCGCCAGAGCUCCGUCCAAAGCGUUGACGGUGGUUUCCGCCGCGAAGAAGGCUGUUGCGGUGCUCAAGGGUUCCUCCGAUGUCGAAGGAGUUGUUACUUUGACCCAAGACGACGGAGGAGGACCCACUACUKUCAAUGUUUGCAUCACCGGGCUCGCUCCAGGGCCUCAUGGAUUUCACCUCCAUGAGUUUGGUGACACAACAAAUGGAUGCAUCUCAACAGGACCACAUUUCAACCCUAACAACAUGACACACGGAGCUCCUCAAGACGAGAUCCGUCAUGCGGGUGACCUGGGAAACAUAAUUGCCAAUGCCGAUGGCGUGGCAGAAACAACUAUUGUGGACAAUCAGAUUCCUCUGACUGGUCCUAAUUCUGUAAUUGGAAGAGCCUUUGUGGUUCACGAGCUUAAGGAUGACCUUGGAAAAGGCGGGCAUGAGCUUAGUCUGUCCACAGGAAAUGCAGGCGGGAGAUUGGCAUGCGGUGUGGUUGGCUUGACACCGCUCUAA